AUGUAACAAUUUAAAAUUCUCUAGGAAUUAAUUAGAUAGUUAAAGAAACCCUUUGAAAAAAGAAGUGAAGAUGAUUUAUUUCCAAUAGAAAGGAUGGUAAGGAGGAUCGAAUUCUUUUAAAAAUAUUUUGCAGAUUAAAGUGAUCUAAAUUUUAGUUAUUACUUUGAACAUGAAUAUGCUACAUAAAAUACAUCCAUCAUUAACAUAGAUUCAGUUGGAGACAAAUUCUAUAUAAUUCUUUAAGGAUAAGUAGGAAUAUAUUUUAAGCCAAACGUUAUAGAGGAUAAGGUAUCAUCGACUAAAUUAUUGGAGAAGGUUAAAAUGAGAUUUAGAUAAGCAGUUAACAAUAAUAAGUUUAAGGAUUAUUAAAUAAAUAAAAUUUCAUCUUAAUAAUCAGAUUUAGCUUUAUUCAAAAUCUUAUUACCAGGUUAAUCUUUUGGUGAAAUGUCUUUAAUACAUAAUAGACCAAGAGAUUUUACAGCUGUGGCAUUAUAACCAUGUCAUUUUGCAGUUUUAAGAAGAUAAUAUUUUAAGGAAGUAGUAAGGAUUGGUUAAGAGAAAUCUUCAAUGAAGGAGAUGGGAUUUUUUGCAAAUUUGGAAAUAUUUGAGGGUUGGAAUGUUAAUUCAAUCUUAUAAGUUUAUAAGUUAUUGGAAUAGAGGAGUUAUAGGAUGGGUGAUGUUGUAUAUUUAUCAGGGGAAAUUGCAAAUACAAUUUAUCUGAUAAAAGAAGGUGCUGUAGAUGUAUAGAAUAAUAUGAUUUAAGUUAUAAUAAGUAUUUAUAGAGGAGAAGGAAGAUUUGGAAAUAAGGACAGCAUCUCCAUACAUGAAAUAGAGAGGUAAGAGUUUGUAAAGGAAGAUUGCUACAUUGAGUAAACACUAAUUUUUGGGUUUGGAAGAUGUACAUAGUUAAGAAUAGAAGCAUAGAUUCAGUUGUAUUAGUAGUAGUUCAGAUACAAUUCUAUUUAUAAUACCAGUAGAAUUGUAUAUGAAGAAAAUCUAUAAUCAACCUACAAGUUAGUAAUAUGUUAAAGAAUUUAUAUAAGUUUAAAGCAAAUAUUAAGAUUAAAGAGUAUUUAUAUAUUAUAUUUAAAAAGAAUUCUUAAUUGUAAAUAGCAAUAAAUUCACAAAGAUAGUAAUAGCAAUAGAUUUUAGCAAAAAUAAAUUACUAAUAAAAUAAUGAUAUGUUGGAAUUUUUGUAAAAUUUGGAUGGAAGAUUUAAGACACUUUCAUAAGAACCAUUAAAGAAUUUGCCUAGGAGUUAAAUUGGAUAGAGAUCAUAAAAUUUUAGUGCCCAUGAAAAAUAUAUAGACAGAAUUUGUUUUACAAGAGCAAAAGAUAGAUCUUUAUUGGGAAAGGUAUAAACUUAGAGUUUAUAUUAAAAUUAAGCAUAUAAAUAAGUGAUUAAUGAAUCAAGGGUAAUUGAGAAGAAUUUACCUAAUCUGACAUCAUUUAUUGAAAGGAAUUCAUCUGGUUUACAUCAUUCAAAAUCAACUUAAGUAAAACAUAGAAGGAAGAGUCCAUAAAAAUAAUAAUAAUUGUAAUUUUAGAAUGUUUAAACUACUUUGAAUGAAGAAGAAUAAUAAUUAGUAUCAAAAAUUCUUUAGAAGGGAGUAUUUUAACCUAGGAAACCUACUUCAGUAAAGAGAGUGAAAUCAACAGAGAAUUAUUCACAUAGAAGGACUUUGAGAUUCCAAGAUUAAACAAAGAAUUGA